GGCGGCCGCGGCCCAGCACGCUCAGUGAGCCCCGCACCCACGCCUUCUCCUGCCAGCCUCUGCCCGCUCAGGGCCCAGCGCUGCCCGUGCAUGAGCCACCGGACCUCCUCCUCCUUCAGAGCGGAGCGAAGCUUCCAUUCCUCCUCUUCCUCCUCGUCCUCAUCCUCGUCCUCCUCCUCCGCUGCCUCCCGUGCCCUCCAGCCUCAGGAGCCGCCCAUGGAGAAGGCCCUGAGCUUGUUUUCGGAUGACUUCGGUAGCUUCAUGAGGCCUCACUCAGAGCCCCUAGCCUUCCCAGCUCGCCCCGGGGGACCCGGCAACAUCAAGACCCUCGGAGAUGCCUACGAGUUUGCAGUGGAUGUCAGGGACUUCUCCCCUGAGGACAUCAUCGUCACAACCUCCAACAAUCACAUCGAAGUUCGGGCUGAGAAGCUGGCGGCUGAUGGCACUGUCAUGAACACCUUUGCACACAAGUGCCAGCUGCCGGAGGACGUGGACCCAACCUCGGUGACCUCGGCCCUGCGGGAGGACGGCAGCCUCACCAUCCGGGCACGGCGUCACCCACACACGGAGCACGUCCAGCAGACCUUCCGGACGGAGAUCAAAAUCUGAGGCCCUCAGCUGCUCCCUGCGCGCUCUCUCUCCUCCCCACCGGCCUCCCUGGAGCCUGCUGAGCCCUGGAUGAUGCCCCCCCAGGAUAUCUGAGCUCAGCUCCCAGAGCACCUAAGCCCCAGGCGGGCAUCACCCCCAAACUAAGGUCCUCUGCUCUACAUAGGG